AAGCCCAAAAAAGUAGCAGUAGAGUAUAUGAGAUGAAAGUUUGUUCACUGUCAAAACCCUAAUAGAGAAGAAGAGAAAGGCACCUACUUGUUCUUCAUUUUCAUCUUCGCCGCCUUCCGAAGAUGAAGUUCAACAUUGCAAAUCCGACCACUGGUUGCCAGAAGAAGCUCGAGAUUGACGAUGACCAGAAACUUCGAGCCUUUUUUGACAAAAGGAUCUCCCAAGAGGUCAGCGGAGAUGCCCUGGGUGAGGAGUUCAAGGGUUAUGUGUUCAAGAUCAUGGGAGGAUGUGACAAGCAAGGUUUCCCCAUGAAGCAGGGAGUUCUAACUCCAGGCCGUGUUCGCCUUUUGCUGUACCGAGGUACUCCUUGUUUCCGGGGACAUGGUAGGAGAAAUGGUGAGCGCAGAAGGAAAUCUGUCCGUGGAUGCAUUGUUAGCCCUGACCUUUCUGUUCUGAAUCUUGUUAUCGUGAAAAAGGGUGAGAAUGAUCUGCCUGGACUGACUGACACUGAGAAACCAAGGAUGAGAGGACCCAAGAGAGCUUCAAAGAUCAGAAAGCUCUUUAACCUUUCCAAGGAAGAUGAUGUCAGGAAGUAUUGCAACACCUACCGCAGAAAUUUCACUACCAAAUCUGGGAAAAAUGCAAGCAAGGCUCCUAAGAUUCAGAGGCUCGUGACACCAUUGACUCUGCAAAGAAAGAGGGCAAGAAUUGCUGACAAGAAGAAGAGAAUUGCCAAGGCCAAGUCAGAGGCAGCUGAUUAUCAGAAGCUUCUUGCUUCAAGGUUGAAGGAACAAAGAGAAAGGCGUAGCGAGAGUUUGGCUAAGAAGAGGUCUAGACUCUCUGCAGCUUCUAAGCCAUCCAUUGCCGCUUAGUUCUCUGGAAUGUAAUUCCUGCUAUUUUUGGGUCUGGUUUUAGUUAUUGUUGGAUGUAGUACUACAUGGUUUUGGUAAUUUUGAGCAUUUCUGAUAUUGAGUCUGAUAGUACU